AUGAACACUUUAGUCAUCUUGGUGCUUCUCGUGCAACUAGGAACAGGGAAGGAGUCCGAUUUGACCCCAGAUCAGCAAACUUUGUUAGAACGUCACAAUUUCUUUAGACAAUUGCUGAGCAAAGGUCAAGUUAAAGGUCAACCGAAUAGUACUGUUCCUCUUCGUAAUUUA